AUGGGGGUGGGAGGUGAUGUGAUACAUAACUUCAGCCAUACCCACACCGCGACCUCCCCGCACCACACCACACCCAUACCCAAGACCACGACCUCCCCACACCACACCACACCCAUACCCAAGACCACGAUCUCCCCGCACCACACCACACCCAUACCCAAGACCACGAUCUCCCCACACCACACCACACCCAUACCCAAGACCACGAUCUCCCCGCACCACACCACACCCAUACCCAAGACCACGAUCUCCCCGCACCACACCACACCCAUACCCAAGACCACGAUCUCCCCGCACCACACCACACCCAAAAGCAAGACCACGAUCUCCCCGCACCACACCACACCCAUACCUAAGACCACGAUCUCCCCACACCACACCACACCCAUACCCAAGACCACGACCUCCCCACACCACACCACACCCAUACCCAAGACCACGAUCUCCCCGCACCACACCACACCCAAAAGCAAGACCACGACCUCCCCACACCACACCACACCCAUACCCAAGACCACGACCUCCCCGCACCACACCACACCACACCCAUACCCAAGACCACGACCUCCCCACACCACACCACACCCAUACCCAAGACCACGAUCUCCCCGCACCACACCCAUACCCAAGACCACGACCUCCCCACACCAAACCACACCCAUACCCAAGACCACGACCUCCCCACACCACACCACACCCAUACCCAAGACCACGACCUCCCCACACCACACCACACCCAAAAGCAAGACCACGAUCUCCCCGCACCACACCACACCCAUACCCAAGACCACGAUCUCCCCGCACCACACCCAUACCCAAGACCACGACCUCCCCGCACCACACCACACCCAUACCCAAGACCACGACCUCCCCACACCACACCACACCACACCCAUACCCAAGACCACGACCUCCCCACACCACACCACACCCAUACCCAAGACCACGAUCUCCCCGCACCACACCCAUACCCAAGACCACGACCUCCCCACACCACACCACACCCAUACCCAAGACCACGACCUCCCCACACCACACCACACCCAUACCCAAGACCACGACCUCCCCACACCACACCACACCCAUACCCAAGACCACGACCUCCCCACACCAAACCACACCCAUACCCAAGACCACGAUCUCCCCGCACCACACCACACCCAAAAGCAAGACCACGACCUCCCCACACCACACCACACCCAUACCCAAGACCACGACCUCCCCACACCACACCACACCCAUACCCAAGACCACGAUCUCCCCGCACCACACCCAUACCCAAGACCACGACCUCCCCACACCACACCACACCCAUACCCAAGACCACGACCUCCCCGCACCACACCACACCCAAUAGCAAGACCACGAUCUCCCCGCACCACACCACACCCAUACCCAAGACCACGACCUCCCCACACCACACCACACCACACCCAAAAGCAAGACCACGAUCUCCCCGCACCACACCACACCCAUACCCAAGACCACGACCUCCCCGCACCACACCACACCCAAAAGCAAGACCACGAUCUCCCCGCACCACACCACACCCAUACCCAAGACCACGACCUCCCCACACCACACCACACCACACCACACCCAAAAGCAAGACCACAAUCUCCCCGCACCACACCACACCCAUACCCAAGACCACGAUCUCCCCGCACCACACCACACCCAAAAGCAAGACCACGAUCUCCCCGCACCACACCACACCCAUACCCAAGACCACGAUCUCCCCGCACCACACCACACCCAAAAGCAAGACCACGACCUCCCCGCACCACACCCAAAAGCAAGACCACGAUCUCCCCGCACCACACCACACCCAUACCCAAGACCACGAUCUCCCCACACCACACCACACCCAAAAGCAAGACCACGACCUCCCCACACCACACCACACCCAUACCCAAGACCACGACCUCCCCACACCACACCACACCCAUACCCAAGACCACGAUUUCCCCACACCACACCACACCCAUGACCACGAUCUCCCCGCACCACACCACACCCAUACCCAAGACCACGACCUCCCCACACCACACCCAUACCCAAGACCACGACCACCCCGACAACAACACCAAAAUUGCACACCCACACCCACACCCACACCCACACCCUCACCCACACUGA